CUGAUCCCAUAUUGUCAAUCAUUGGCCCACAUCUACACAUGCGGUCUGAUUGUCGGUCUAGGCUCCGGCUGUUGGAACAGUAUAGUUAACGUAUGGCUUAUAGAGAUCUGGCAGAAACGGUCGGCACCGUUACUACAGUUAUUACAGUUCAUGUUUGGCAUCGGGACUAUACUGUCGCCGAUUGUUAAUCAGAUGUUUCUCAAAGACGACUCUUUGGUAUCAAAUACGGUACAAAUUGUCGCCAACGAUGACAUGUUUGUCAACAAAACUACACAAACAAUUGAUUUGAUUGAUGAGAGACGAGACAGCCUUAAAAUGCCGUUCCUUAUCAAUGGCGUCAUUCAAUUUAUUUUUCCAAUGCUAUUGGUUGUGAUGUUUAUGAUAAAGAAGUACCGAUUGUCGGACCAAAUGAUUGUCGAGACGACCAUUGAUUACGAGUGCAAGAAAUCGGAACACAAGAAGAAUCUCUUCAAAAGCAGUGACGAAAGUCCGCGAAAAACUCUGAUCUUAUUGUUUGCCGUAUUCUUCAUGUUUUACAACGCGUGCGAAGGACUGGCCUUUCAAUUUGGUCCCUCGUAUUACCAGAAUAUGGAACUCCGACUGACAUCAAGCAAAGCGGCCGGCAUUAUGUCGGUUAUGGCCACCGCAUACACUAUUGGUCGCGGAAUCAAUGUUUUGAUAUCAAUUAAAAUACGAGCAAAACAUAUGAUUGAAUAUCACUUUCUGAUAAUAAUCACCGGUUUUUGUAUACUAUUUUUCUCCAAUCACUCCCUAUUGAUGGUCCAAAUGGCGAAUAUAGUGCUCGGCUUCGGGUUUUCGGCACUUUUUCCGUCAAUGUUUGCCUACAUUAAGCAAUACAUAGAAAUCUCAAACUCUAUCGGAACAGUACUUAUGUUUUCAUCGGAAAUAGUCGUCUCAUUCACGCCAUAUAUUUUGGCCACUUUUAUAGAGAGAUAUGCAAUCAUUUUCAUAAUCAUUGAAUCGCUUUAUCUAAUGAUUUCAAUUGUAAUUUUUUUGGUCAUUAUUUAUCUAAUCCGACGGACAACAAGAAAAAGUGUCUCAAAAUUAUUGCUCGUAAACAACAGUGACAUGUCUUAG